AGAAAAAAGUAAAGUAAUAAAGAAAGGAGGGAGAGAAACAAAGACAGGUUCUCAAACCUCCAUGAUUUAAAUUCUCUCAACAGGAGGACUUUCUUCUAUUUAAUCCAGAACAGGAAGACCCCUCAAACUUUCUACAAAGACCCUGCUUAGGAGCUUCAAGAAAAGGGAGGAGAAAUAAAAAAGAGAGAGAUUUAUAGCUAGUACAACUAGAGUGAAAGAGAUCAUCAUAUAUACCAAGGGGGAAAAUAUAUAUAUUCUGUAGGAAGGCAAUGAAUAGAGGAGUUUUGCAGAGUUCACCGGUGCAGCAAAUGAUGGCUGGCAACCCCAACUGGUGGAGCAUCAACAAUAUGAGGCCACCAAUAACUCAUCAUCAACAACCCUCUCCUUUUCUGCCUCCUCCUAGUCUCUUCCCUCAAUUCCUACCUUCCAUUUCUUCUUCUUCAUCAUCUUCUCUUCCUCUUCCUUCUUGGAAUUAUGAUAACCCAGAUCAGCUUCCAGAGUCAUGGAGCCAACUGCUUCUGGGUGGAUUGGUGUGUGAUGAAGACAAGAGCAAUAUAAGCAAUUUUCAAGCAAAGAAGAUGGAGAAUUGGGAGGAGCAAGUGUUACAUCAAGCAUCAAGUGCUUCGGUUGUGGAUGUCAAGCAAGAAAACUCUGCAAGCAACUACGUGUACGGUGCAAAUGAAGAUUUCCAGGCAGCUGCAAAACCUACAGCUUGUUCUCAAGUGAUACCUGCUUCAUCCCCCAAGUCCUGUGUUACCAGUUUCAGCAGUAACAUGUUGGAUUUCUCUACCAGCAAAGGAGAUGGAAGGCAUCCACCACCAGAUCGAUCUUCUGACUGUAACAGCACCGCUACUGGUGGGGCAGUAAAGAAAGCUAGGGUUCAAUCUUCUUCAGCCCAACCUACCUUUAAGGUGAGGAAGGAGAAAUUAGGUGAUAGGAUUACCGCUCUUCACCAGCUUGUUUCUCCAUUUGGGAAGACUGACACGGCCUCUGUCUUGUUAGAAGCUAUAGGGUACAUCAGAUUCCUUCAGAGCCAAAUUGAGGCUCUCAGCUUACCGUACUUGGGCAGUGGAUCCACAAAUAUGAGGCAGCAACAAUCUGUUCAAGGAGAAAGCAACUGUAUAUUUCCCGAGGACCCCGGUCAGCUGUUGAAUGAUAGUUGCAUAAAGAGGAAAGGAGCUUCUCAGCAGGACUCUCACGGGGAGCCAAAGGACCUGAGGAGUAGAGGAUUGUGUCUUGUUCCAGUGUCAUGCACACUGCAAGUUGGCAGCGACAAUGGAGCAGACUACUGGGCUCCCGCUCUUGGAGGGGGGUUCCGAUAGGCGGAACAAUCUUCUGGUGGGAGGUUUAAGCACACGAGGAGCUUCAUAAAAUGAUAUAACAUCAUUAGCAGUCACUCUGCUCAAAUCUAAGGCUGAUUGCUCAUGAUGCUAUAUGCGGUCUUCGCUAUCUGUGUGUGCUCUCUAGUUUGGACCUGAAUGUCUUUAAUUAGAACACUCUGAUUUAAGAUCAAGACUUAUAAUCUAUCUAUGUUCUUCCUCAUUUAGCUGCUACUAAGAUCGAUGAUGCUUUCAUGUAAAUGCACUACUUCUAGUAUGGUUAAUCAUUUUAAUGCUUGUUGCGCACGGAUUAAGCAGCA